CCACACGCAGCUCCACACAGUUCCUCACAGUGCCUCACAAUCUGCACAGCGGAUCAUUCUCUCCUCCCUCCCCACGCCACUCCACGCCGUUCCACUCCGUUCUCUCACAUUCCACACGGUUAUCACAGCUCCUCACAGUUCACUCCACUCCUCACACAAUUCCCCACACAGGUCCUCAGUCUCACACAGUCCCACGCAGUGUCCCAGGCCAUUUCCCUGGCGUUGUGUGUGUGGAACUGUGUGUGGAACUGUGUGUGUGGAACUGUGUGUGUGGAGUUGUUUGUGUGUGGAACUGUGUGUGGAACUGUGUGUGUGGAGUUGUGUGUGGAACUGUGUGUGUGGAGUUGUGUGUGGAACUGUGUGUGUGGAGUUGUGUGUGUGGAACUGUGUGUGUGUAACUGUGUGUGGAACUGUGUGUGUGGAACUGUGUCUGUGGAGUUGUGUGUGGAGUUGUGUGUGGAACUGUGUGUGUGGAGUUGUGUGUGGAACUGUGUGUGGAACUGUGUGUGUGGAGUUGUGUGUGUGGAGUUGUGUGUGUGGAACUGUGUGUGGAACUGUGUGUGUGGAGUUGUGUGUGGAACUGUGUGUGUGGAGUUGUGUGUGUGGAACUGUGUGUGGAACUGUGUGUGUGGAACUGUGUGUGUGGAGUUGUGUGUGGAACUGUGUGUGGAACUGUGUGUGUGGAGUUGUGUGUGGAACUGUGUGUGUGGAGUUGUGUGUGGAACUGUGUGUGGAACUGUGUGUGUGGAGUUGUGUGUGGAACUGUGUGUGUGGAGUUGUGUGUGGAACUGUGUGUGUGGAACUGUUUGUGGAACUGUGUGUGUGGAACUGUGUGUGUGGAGUUGUGUGUAGAAGUGUGUGUGUGGAACUGUUUGUGGAACUGUGUGUGUGGAACUGUGUGUGUGGAGUUGUGUAUGGAACUGUGUGUGGAACUGUGUGUGGAACUGUGUGUGUGGAACUGUGUGUGUGGAGUUGUGUGUGGAACUGUGUGUGUGGAACUGUGUGUGUGGAGUUGUGUGUGGAACUGUGUGUGUGGAACUGUUUGUGGAACUGUGUGUGUGGAACUGUGUGUGUGGAGUUGUGUGUGGAAGUGUGUGUGUGGAACUGUUUGUGGAACUGUGUGUGGAACUGUGUGUGUGGAGUUGUGUAUGGAACUGUGUGUGGAACUGUGUGUGGAACUGUGUGUGUGGAGUUGUGUGUGGAACUGUGUGUGUGGAACUGUGUGUGUGGAGUUGUGUGUGGAACUGUGUGUGUGGAGUUGUGUGUGUGGAACUGUGUGUGGAACUGUGUGUGUGGAACUGUGUGUGUGGAACUGUGUGUGGAACUGUGUGUGUGGAACUGUGUGUGUGGAGUUUUGUGUGUGUGGAACUGUGUGUGGAACUGUGUGUGUGGAACUGUGUGUGUGGAGUUGUGUGUGGAACUGUGUGUGUGGAACUGUGUGUGGAACUGUGUGUGUGGAACUGUGUGUGUGGAGUUGUGUGUGGAACUGUGUGUGUGGAGUUGUGUGUGUGGAACUGUGUGUGGAACUGUGUGUGUGGAACUGUGUGUGUGGAGUUGUGUGUGUGGAGUUGUGUGUGGAACUGUGUGUGUGGAGUUGUGUGUGUGGAGUUGUGUGUGGAACUGUGUGUGGAAGAGCCACACAGCUCUUCACAAUGCACACAGUUCUCUGUCCCCACAGAGCCGCCACCAAGUUCCCGGUGCGUUUCCCAGUGAGCACCUCGCAGCUGCUCACGGUGGCGCCCGCCCUGUCUCACGCGUUCCCACGCUGGCUCACUCCGUUCCUGCCCGGUCCCUCGAACGGCUUCACGGCUGCCCACGCGGUUCCUCACACAGUCCCCGGCCUCGCCCCAGGCAGCUGCACACAUGGCGCCCUCCGCGGCACCUCCGACUCCACACGCGCUCGCCUCCCCGCCGGCCCCGACACGCCUACGGCUGCUCCGAGUCCAGCACGCCUGUCGCCCGCUUCCUCUCAGGGCUCCCCAGCCCUCUCCAUGCCCGAGAAGCUCCUCAGCACCCCUCUCAGCUCCUCCCAGGGCCCCACGCCCCCCUGGCCGCCCUUUCCCACCUGUGUCUCCCCGCAGCCCCCGCCCCAGGCCCUGCCGUGAGGCCGCCCCGGACGCCCUCUGUCCACGCAGACACAGGCACCGCACGGGGCCUCCCACACCCGCUGUCUUCCUUCCCGGGAUCCACCCCCAUGUUCCCAUCUCCCAGCGCACUCGCUGCCCGCCCCGCCCCUCACCACAGGGCGCCAGGGCAGGGCAGACGCCACCACCAGCCUCCCACCCCUGCCCCGGCGCUGAAGGAAGC